GGCUAGAGGGAAGGAGAAGGGAUCAGGAGCGGGAGCUGAGGGAAAAGAGGUCGGUCCGGGUCUGGACGCUGUCGCUGCUCGCCCGAGGUCUGCAGGCCGGGCUGCGGCUCAGUCCUCGGCUCCUGGGCACAGUCUACGGAGGCUCCGCCGGGCCAGCGUGGGAGAGCCGCAGGUGGCGGCCGCCGCAUCAUGUCAACCAAGGACGAGCGGGCCAGGGAGAUCCUGAGGGGCUUCAAACUAAAUUGGAUGAACCUUCGGGAUGCUGAGACAGGGAAGAUACUCUGGCAAGGAACAGAAGACCUGUCAGUCCCUGGAGUGGAGCAUGAAGCCCGUGUUCCCAAGAAAAUCCUCAAGUGCAAGGCAGUGUCUCGAGAAUUGAACUUCUCUUCAGCAGAGCAAAUGGAAAAAUUCCGCCUGGAACAAAAAGUUUACUUCAAAGGGCAAUGCCUAGAAGAAUGGUUCUUCGAGUUUGGCUUUGUGAUCCCUAACUCCACAAACACCUGGCAGUCCCUGAUAGAGGCAGCGCCCGAGUCCCAGAUGAUGCCAGCCAGCGUGCUAACUGGAAAUGUUAUCAUAGAGACAAAGUUUUUUGACGACGAUCUUCUUGUAAGCACAUCCAGAGUGAGACUUUUCUACGUUUGAGAGAAGAAUAUGUGUGCAUUUCAAGAAUUCAUUUUUUUAGGGGGAAGGAGGAAACUGUUUACUUUUUUCCUCUAUACAUUUGAUUUUUGACACUUCACCCCUAAUUCCCUCUACGGCAAAACCCACCUGCGGCCACCAGGGGACCAGCUCUGUGUAGGUAACCAGAUGGCUUUUUUCUCUCAAGCCACCAUCUUCAACUGACCAGAUUGAACUCCCAAUCCCGGACCAGGGCAGAGGGCAUGCCUCAACUCCUUCUUGGAGUAGACACGGGGACAAACACAUACCACAAGCUGUUCCCGUCACCCUGCCUCCUUCUUGGGCCCUGCAGGCAACACAUCUUCCUUUGGCCCCUGGUUUUGGAAAAGUUCAAGUUCCUGACCCACGUUUAGUUUUUUCCUACCAUUUCUAUUUCAUACAUUCUCAUACAUUUAACUUGUAAAAUAGACUGUGAUAUUAUUGUUACAUAGUGAAUUAAAACAUAUGAAUUAAAAUA